GCUGCGGCGGCGACUGCCGGGGAGGGGGCGCGCACCCCGAGUACAGCUGCCAUCUCGCUCGGCCUGGGCGUGGCUGUUGUGUCAAGCUUGGUGAACGGGUCCACGUUCGUGCUACAGAAGAAGGGCAUCGUGCGGGCGAAACGGCGAGGUACUUCCUAUUUAACAGACAUUGUAUGGUGGGCUGGUACAAUUGCAAUGGCUGUUGGCCAGAUUGGAAACUUCUUGGCUUAUACAGCAGUCCCUACUGUCCUGGUGACUCCUCUGGGUGCCCUUGGUGUGCCUUUUGGGUCUAUUUUAGCUUCUUACCUCCUGAAGGAAAAGCUCAACAUUUUGGGCAAAUUGGGUUGUCUGCUAAGCUGUGCAGGGUCUGUCGUGCUGAUUAUCCACUCCCCCAAAUCUGAGAGUGUGACGACUCAGGCUGAGCUGGAGGAGAAACUAACCAAUCCAGUGUUUGUGGGCUACCUGUGCAUCGUACUCCUCAUGCUGCUGCUCCUCAUCUUCUGGAUUGCUCCAGCCCAUGGGCCUACCAACAUCAUGGUCUAUAUCAGCAUUUGCUCCUUGUUGGGGAGUUUCACCGUGCCUUCCACUAAGGGCAUUGGGCUGGCAGCCCAAGACAUCUUCCACAACAACCCAUCUAGUCAGAGAGCCCUCUGCCUAUGUCUGGUACUCCUGGCUGUGCUCGGCUGCAGCAUCAUCAUCCAGUUCAGGUACAUCAACAAGGCACUGGAGUGCUUUGACUCUUCAGUGUUUGGGGCCAUCUACUACGUCGUAUUCACCACACUGGUCUUGUUGGCCUCUGCCAUCCUGUUCCGAGAAUGGAGCAACGUGGGCCUGGUGGACUUCCUGGGGAUGGCCUGUGGGUUCACGACCGUUUCUGUUGGGAUUGUCCUUAUACAGGUGUUCAAAGAGUUCAAUUUCAACAUUGGGGAGAUGAACAAAUCUAAUAUGAAAACAGACUAG